AAUCCUGCACUCUGUCAGAGUUUGAUCAAGACAUGCCAGUCCAGGAGGGAGACAUUCUAAUACCGGAGAACAGAAAUGCUGUACAGACUCUGUGGCCGGAUGCCACCAUCCCUUACAUCAUCACUGAUGAACUGGUUUCCCGAGAGGCAGAAAUUAAAGCUGCCUUUAAGAUGAUAUCGGAUGUCACAUGUGUUCGUUUUAAGAAACGAGACACUGAGUCGAACUAUUUGAAGCUUGUGACUGGCAAUGGCUGUGCCUCAUUUGUUGGUUGUCAAGGAGGAGCCCAGCAGCUCUUCUUUGCUUCAAUGUGCACCGUGGGGAACCUUUGCCAUGAACUGCUCCAUUCUCUGGGACUGUAUCAUGAACACACUCGUGAAGACCGGGAUAAAUAUGUCACAGUGAACUGGCAGAAUAUUGUGGCAGGGAAAGAAAAUAACUUCAAGGUGAAGAAUGGAAACACUCAAAACCUACCAUAUGAUCUCACGUCCAUAAUGCACUAUGGGCGACUAUGCCAUAUCUUUAAAUGACACCCUGAAUACCACCAGCUCUGCUCCAGGGAAAGAAAAUAACUUCAAGGUGAAGCAUGGAAACACUCAAAAGCUAAAAUAUGAUCCCAGCUCUAUAAUGCACUACCCGCUGUCUCGCUUCAGUACAAAUGGAAAUCCAACUGUGUUGCCUAAGCAGAGUGGUGUGGAGAGAUAGGUCAGAGGACACAUCUGAGCCAGCUGGACAUAGAAAGAUUGAAUAAACUCUACCUCUGUGGUAAAUUUUGAAACUAAAUAAUUGCAUGUCUCAUUUUAUAACAGUUACAUGUUCAAUUGACAGUAAAUGUGGUAUAAACUACAGACAAA